AUGGUCCCCAGAACAGAGGCAGUGUACCUCGACGAUGCCACACUGCGAACACUGACGACGGAGGUUCUAUCCCUUCAGUCAAUGACUUCACUCUCCGAAGAAGAAAAAAGUUUAGCCAAAAACGUGCCCGCGGAAGAUAAUGCAAUUACCAUGCGCCAGACUAUCUUCUACGCACAAGGCGGCGGACAGCCUAGCGACACCGGCGCAAUUGGACCGGUAGACCAAGAUCCCACAUUUGAAGUCUCGCUGGUACGCAAGACGCCCGAUGGGCGGUUCCUGCAUUUUGGAAAAUUCCUAGACUCCACCGCUUCCUUCGUCGCGGGCCAGUCCGUCGUUCAGAAGGUCGAUGACUCAAAACGCAACUAUCAUUCCCGGCUCCAUACAGCCGGUCAUAUCGUUGGACUUGCCAUGCAGGUUCUGAUGCCGGAUAAGAAAAAGGUCAAGGCGAAUCAUUUCCCGAGAGAGGCUUCUAUGGAGUAUGAGGGGUUGUUGUAUAACGAGCACAAGCCGGUUAUCCAGGAGAAGGUGGAUGAGCUUGUGCGGCUGGAUCUGCCCAUUCUCAUUUCAUGGCUGCAAGGUGUCGCGCAGGUUGGGGGUGGGGAGGGUGCUGAAGAGGGUCGCUCUCAUGAUGGUCGUACCCGGAUUGCGAGUAUAGGUGGGCUCGACCACAAUCCCUGUGGUGGUACGCAUGUUGCGAGGACGAGCUUGGUUGGGUCUGUUGUUAUCCGCAAAAUCAGUCGGCAAAAGGGAAUUAGUCGGGUGUCUUAUGAUGUCUCUCCGGGGAUUGAGGCAUAG